GGCAGCUGUAUGUUGCAGAUGCCGCAGCAGCCUAUUGAUCGCUCCUUUGCCUCUUCCUUUGCGGCUCAGCACAGAACGGCUGGAAGUGGGAAAUGAUGCGGCCUGCAUACGAGGGUCAGACCGGGAUAAACGGCGAGAUUACAUAUCCACGUCAGCCGAUAUUACCCACCUGAUACUUUCAUCUUGCCUCCGACAACUGUUCCUCUUGCUCGACGAGCAGAGACGGACAACGUACCUAGGUACACGACCACCAGGACAGAAAGGUCUCAACAUCAUCUUGUCAUAUCCUGGGGGACAAUGAAGAUGGUCUAUGUCGCCGUUAUCAAGACCGCAAUCGCACUUUGCACAGUCGCCAUGGGAGUCGCUGCUGAAUCGCAUGUCCAGAACAGGACGGUAGCCAGCGCGACGUACGAUUAUGUUGUCAUCGGCGGAGGUACUGCUGGGCUUGCAAUCGCUUCUCGAUUAGCAGUGCAUGCGUCUGUCGCCGUUCUUGAAGCUGGCGGUCUCUAUGAACAAGAUAAUGGCAAUCAAUCUGUCGUUCCGUACUAUGGUCUCAUCAUGCCUGUACUUGGAAUCGCAGAGGACUACCCAAAGAAUUCACUGGUUGACUGGGAUCUGCUCUCGACACCGCAGAUCUCAGCUGGCGGUCGACGAAUUCACUAUGCGCAAGGCAAGACCCUUGGUGGUAGCUCAGCUCUCAACACCAUGGCUUACCAUCGGGGUACCAGAGGGGCCUACCAGCGAUGGGCCAACUUGGUCGAUGACCAGAGCUACGUGUUCGAUCGGCUCCUACCUUACUUCAAGCGAACGUCUACUCUGACUAUUCCAAACCUUGAGAAGCGACAAGCACCCAAUGCAACUGCGUUGUACGAUGCCUCUGCUUUUGAUAACAAGCUGGGCGGGCCCCUUCAAGUUUCUUGGGCAAACUGGGUCGAUCCGACUCAGAGUUGGCUCGCUCAUGCUUUACAAGGCAUUGGUCAGAAACUCGGCCCAAGUGGUCUCAGCACUGGCAUCGUUGCUGGAGGGGCGUGGGUACCAACGACCAUCAAACCAAAAGACGCGACGAGGAGUACCUCGAAAAGCAGCUACCUUGAAGCUGUGUUACUAAAUAAGAAGACACAACUCACCGUCCAUCUACACUCCCAGGCCUCAAAGAUCAUGUUUGACAGGAGCAAGAAGGCCACCAGCGUCAAGGUGAUUAGCGAUGGUGAGACAUUCGAGAUAGGCGCGAAGAAGGAGAUCAUACUGUCCGCUGGCGUUUUCCACUCGCCACAAAUUCUGCAAUUGUCAGGUAUAGGUCCCGCUACGACGCUCCGCUUGCAGUCCAUCGACGUCGUCUCGAAUCUUUCAGGUGUCGGUCAAAAUCUGCAGGAUCAGAUAUUUUUCAAUGUGCUGCGUGGGAUCACCGUACCGAACACCGGCACAUAUCUCGCAUCACCUGAGCAACAAGAUAUCGCUGUCCAGCAGUACCUCACCAAUGCAUCAGGACCGUACAGCUCUGCCGGCGGAUACCUUUCAUUUGAGAAGCUCCCUCCGGGCAGCCGCAAAACAUUAUCCCCUCGCACGUCGGAUCUACUCGCUAAGUACCCUUCUGACUGGCCUGAGAUUGAGUACAUUGCAUCCGGAUUUCCGGGUGGCUUUCUCAACUUGACUACCGUCGGGGCCAUUAGUGGCACGUUGUUGACGCCGACAUCAAAGGGUAAUGUGACUAUCAAGAGCGCAUUUAUUGAGGAUGCACCGGUCAUCGACCUCAACUGGAUGAGUGAUCCAGCUGACGGAGAGGUACUUGUUGCAGCGUUCAAGCGUGUAAGAGAAGCUUGGAAUAGCAGCGCGAUUGCUGGUAUCGUGGCUGGACCCGAAAUUGCUCCUGGCGAUGCAGUGGCCACCGACGCGCAGAUCCUUGACUUUAUUCGAUCGGCAGCACAGCCAAUCUGGCAUGCGAGUUCGACGUGCGCAAUGGGCAAAUCUGGUGACAAGAGCGCAGUGGUUGAUUCCAUGGCGAGAGUGUUCGGCGUCAGAGGGCUUCGGGUGGUAGAUGCCUCAGUAAUUCCCUUCAGUCUACCCGGGCAUCCACAGAGCUCUGUUUACAUGCUGGCAGAGAAAAUUGCGGAUAGUAUUCUCCAAAGCGUGCGAUAGGCCGCCUCUGUAUACACCUUCUGAACAUCUUUCGAUCAACGCCUAUCGCACUUGUGACUUGGGGCUACUCCCGCCAGGUGGAUUAUGGUACUAUAUCUGCGCAAGCCCCCACUUUGACCUCCAAUUAGGAAGUUACCCAUUUCCAGAGUAACUUCUUCCAUCGAAAUCUCACCGUACAUCUUCUUGAGUAUCUUGUAAAUCGCCCUAAGCUGUUUAACAUUUUCGUCAAACCCAUUGAUUAGAGUGUUCUUGGACUGGAGCC